CCUAAAUGGUUAAAACAACAAGGGAGACAUUAAAGCUAACAAAUUACUUAGUUGAGAAGACGAAUUAAGCAGGGAAUAUAAAGAAAAAUGAGCGACGGAAAAGCUGAAUGAAGUACUUCAAAUGAGGGAGAAAGUUAAUACUUGUAGAAAAUUAAAGGGGGAAAUGUGUAUAUAAAAGUGUGCUCUGAAGUGAUCCACAAAAUGAAAAAUUGAAGGAAAAAAGGAAGACAAAAUUAAAUGGAAAAAUUAGAAAGAAAAAUUUGAUGAGGAAAAAGAAAUUAAAAUGACAACGUAUAAUAAGAAACACGAAAUUCUUAAGGAUAAAGGAAAUAAAAAGUAACAAAAAAGUUAAUUCCAAAAAUGAGAAAGUGUUGGAAAACAUCUUAAAAAAGGAGUGCAAUAAAAAUUAAAAAUUUAAGAGACAUUUGAGCUAAAAAUUUAGCAGAAACAAAGAAAAGUAAUACAAAUUUUUAAAAGUUGCCAAUAAUUGUCGAUGCAUGUAUGCAUGUGUGGGUGCAUAUGUAUUGCUGUUGAUAGCAUGAAAUGUGAAAAUCAAGUCGCCAGUGCAAGCCAGCGUGCAAGCCAGUGUGCAAGCAAGAUAAGCACGCCAUUAUUGAAUGACUAACUGGCGAAUAGGUACUACCAAACAAUAAUACACUGAACAAUACACAGGGGUCCCCGGGGGGCGUAUACGUAACCUCAACAAAGAGCAAAUAAGUAAAUGGAAUGAAUGAAUGAAUGAAUUACUGUGCAACGAAGCGAAGUCAAGUGCAUGUAAUCAUGUAAAGAAUAGAAAAGUAGCAAAAGGAAAAAGAACAAAAAGAACAGGCGAAAGAGCUAAAGAAAAGUGCAACAAAAAUUUAGUACUCGUACAAUAAAAUUAGUGUUACAGCAAAUUAGUGCUAGAAAAAAAAGGGGAAAAAAGUGGAGUGAAAUAAAAAUAUUGGAUGAAAAAAAAAUGUAAAAGAACUAAGCAAGUAAAAUAAAUGAAAGGAAAUUAAUGAACUCGCCGGCAAGUUAGAAUGAAAUUAAUGCGGCGAAUAGCGCGAGUUUGGAAAGGGUGAGAGAGAGGGGGGUAAAAAGUGGUGCUCGGGAAAAACUUGUUAUAAGUACAUACACGCGGCGGAGCUGUGCCGGAGGAGUACGAACAAUUGCAUUAAGUUUAGAGCUGAGAAGUAGCGCAGCGGAGUGAAGUGAGUGGGCGAUAGUGAAGUGAAUUAGAAGAGCUAGCGUGCUGGGCGUGGUGCCGACGACAUAAGUAUUGCUAAAGGUACAAUUAGCAGCUGCAAAUAAAAUGGCAAUACUGGCAGCGCUUUUCAUCGUCCUUUGAACAACAACAACAGCUAUGGCAGAUAUAAGUGUUGCUGGUUAAAAUAAAUAAAUAGAAGAUGAAAACAAACUAAAUUAAAAAUUACACAGACUGUACCCCGAAGUACGAUUACUUUCUAAUUACAGCUUCUUAGAUGUGGCUGCAGGCGACUUAGUUUGCUGUGGAGGCGCCGAGGCAGAUUGCAUGUUGCAAGAAUUUUAUUAAAGCCAAACACGAACAGUAUGUGCGAGAAAAGUGAACAAUUUCACUGCACCAGCACUGACAGUAAACACAACAACAGCAGCAGCAGCUGCAGCAGCAGCAAUAAAAACAAGCUGCUUACACCUGCUUGCAGCAUACUUUUAGGCGCUAAAGCUUUAGUACCAACUUCGUCUAGUAUUGGCGCAAUGUUAGCGCGGCGGCAAUUGAGGCGCUGGCUAGCAUGUCGCCGUCGUAGGAAGCGAAGAAAGAGCCACGAGAGGGAGCAGCAAAACAAGUGCAACAACAAAAACAAAAACAGAAGAGGCAAAACAGCAGCCAGUAGUAGUAGAGGUGGCAUAGAAAAACAAAGUAGAGGCAUACGUGUAAUCAACAGCAAACGUAACGAGAACAGUGCCAGCCGGGCAAUGGCAUUAACAGCAAGAUUGUUGCUUGCUGCGAAUUACAAGCAGAGCGGCUUGUUGCUAACGCGAAACAGCAAUUGCCGGGCAACUGAAAAAAUGGCAGCGGUGGUAGAGAUGAAAGAAUGCAUUUUACCGCAGCCAUUGAUGGGUGUGUGUACUACAACAAUAAAGACAAAAACAACAACUGCAUCACUAACAAGACCGCUGUCAAAGUUGGUAAAAAGCAAGCGGCUCUCAAGCAGACGAAGACCGGGAGCAGUGGUGGAGGCAGACAAAGUGAUGCACCAGGAAAAGCAGCAACAGCAGCAAAAAGCGGCAUACUCACAAGCAACUGCUACUGUGGCGAAUGAUUUGCCUUCCACUUACCCAGAAGAAGAAGAAGAACAACAACAGAAACCAAAUUUCCGGCAAUUUCCCGCUGACAACCCACUCCAAGCGCGCCUGCAAGCAGAGGCAAAUGAGAGGCAAACAUCAUUUUUGGGCAUGCAAUAUAGUAGCAAGCAUGAAACACAUGAGCUCCAACAACAUCAGCAACAACACUGCCUGCCAGCGCUAGCAGCAGCAACGUCGGCUGCUGGAGAACAGCCAGUAGCUUCAAAAGAAUGCGUGCAACAACGAAGUUGGCGAAAUUUAAUUGCAUGUGUUGUACGUGUACCCCAUGCGGAAACAAGUGAAACAGCAACAACAACAACUGUGAUGUUAAACAGUGCUGUGCACCCAGCAACAGCAACAGCAACAGCAACAGCAACAGCAACAGAAAAAGCAACAACAGCAACUGAAGCAGCAACGCAAAUCAAUUCAAAGCCCGCAUGUAUCGCUUCUGUCGAAAGCUACAGCGCGCAGGCAAAAGCACCCACAGCAAAGGCAACAACAAAUUGGCCAACAACAACAACAACAAAAUAUGCGACAGCAACAUUAACUAGCAUGCCAUCACAGCUCGAACAUGUGCCGUUUGUUGUUGCGACGCGUAAAUCCAAAUGUCGCAGAACAUUCGCGUUGACAAGCGCAUUAACAACGUCGACGAUGACGACGAUGACUACGGCUAUGGCAAAAAAACCAACAGUGAUAAAGGCUACAAAAACAACAACGAGAAUGAGUAAAACAAAAGCGCCAUUAGCCCGCAACAGAACACUGGCAGCAUUUUUUGGCGAUAUUUUGACACUGCUUGUUGGCUCAGUGGCGCUACAUGCUACCGUGCUGCGUUGCCUCCUGAUAACGACCCUGACGGCGACGAUUGCCUCCGUGACGGCAGCACCGUCUGUGCCACAAAAUUCCAUGCCAUUGCUGUCACAACAAAUGCUGCAGAAGCACUUUCACAACAACAACAACAUCAACACCUUUCACAACAGUAGUAGUGGCAGCAGCAGCAGCGACAUUAGUACUUUUACUUCUGCUUCGGCGCAUAAUUACAAUCAUCGCCACUCGCAACAGCUGUCGACGGCUACAUUCACGCCCCUCACACCAGCCCCCCCAACAACGCCUGUACGAAUGAUGGACAUUGUGGUAUUGAAUGGCAGCACGAGUAGCAGCGGUAAUGAUGGCAUCCUUGACGGUGCCAACACAAACACCUUGAAAAGUCUUUCAUCUAUACGGGUGGCAGCUAUGGCGGGUGUGCCAAUGGGCGAUGUGAAUCAGCUGCCAAUCUUUGACUUUGGAUUGCCGCGUAAUAUAACGGCACGUACCGGUCAAGCGGAAGCCGCAAUUAAAUGUCGCGUGGAGCGAUUGGAUGAUAAAUCGGUCUCGUGGAUACGUAAACGUGAUUUGCAUAUACUGACUGUGGCCACGGCGACGUAUACGUCGGAUAAACGUUUUCAGGUGAGCAACAACACACACACGCACACACACGCACACAAUUUUGAAACUCCUUAUCAAGUGCUUUUUGAACUCUGCAG